AGAGAGCUUUGUUUGUAGAACCAGAUCAUCUUUUGUAUAACCUUUGUCCAUGGCUUCCACAACAGCCGGUGCUUUUCAAGCUUUACACUCUUUAGCGCUUGGGAGCUCUAGAAGAAUAAGCAGAGCAAUAACGUCAAAAAGAAGAGCCGGUGGCCGUGUUAGGUUUCGGGUGUGCGCAGUGUCGCAAGGCCCCAGCAAGAGGGAGAGAGCGCCGCCGGGAGUAGACACUAGAAUCCAUUGGGAAAACGAAGAUGAAGGUUGGGUUGGCGGAAGCGGCGGUGCCGCCAGUACUUCUUCGGAGUCAACCAGUGCCGUAGACCAGCAGAGGAAUUUCUUAGGAGAGUUCUCUGAUUUGCUCAACGACUCUACUGAUUCCCAUUACCAGUUCUUAGGAGUAUCAGCAGAAGCGGAUUUAGAAGAGAUCAAAGGAGCUUACAGGAGGUUAUCAAAAGAAUACCAUCCAGACACAACCUCUCUUCCUCUUAAAGCCGCGUCAGAAAAGUUUUUGAGGCUGAGAGAAGUGUACCAUGUGCUGAGCAACGAUGAGAGCCGCCGGUUCUAUGAUUGGACGCUUGCGCAGGAGGCCGCGAGCCGGCAAGCCGAGAAGAUAAGGAUGAAGUUGGAAGAUCCUUAUGAACAAGAUUUGAGCAACUAUGAACCUGUCCCAGACAUAGUUGAUCGUCUGGGUGGAAAGAACAUGGCUCUCAGUGAUCAGGCAAUGACUGCUCUUACCAUUGAUGUUUUCAUUCUUUUUUUUGCCAUUGGUUGUAUUAUUUAUGUCAUCUUCUUCAAAGAACCGUAUUAAUUAGUUACUAGCUAAAGCUUGACUCUUAUUACCUUAAUUAAUGAAUAAUAAUAAAUGUGUAACUAAUUGAUACAGA